GCCCUCUCCCCACCCGGUACUGCGGGGUGGGGGCCGGAUCCCGAACCAGGGAGGCAGCCGGGUGGGGAGGGGGGAGGAGGCGGCUGCUGGAGGACGCAGGUCUCCAGAGCCGCAGUCAGGUCAAUCUGAAGGGCUGGGAGAACCUUGUUUUCUCUUCUAAGAAUUUCACCCUCCUCCCCAAGGCACCAUGCUUUCCCCACAACGGGCCUUGCUCUGUAACCUUAAUCACAUCCAUCUUCAGCAUGUCUCUCUAGGCCUGCACCUGUCCCGCCGUCCAGAACUCAGGGAAGGGCCUCUGAGCACUCCACCACCUCCUGGAGACACAGGGGGCAAGGAGAGUGGAGUACCUUGUAGUGGGACCUUGGUGGAUGCCAACUCCAACAGCCCUGCAGUUCCCUGUCGUUGCUGCCGGGAGCAUGGUCCAGAACUGGAAAAUCGUCAAGGGGAAACAGAGGAGGAAGAAGAGGGAGUGGUAUCCCCAUCAGACCCUGGCUGCUCAUCUUCACUCAGCACCUGCUCAGACCUCACUCCUGAUGAAUCUCCUGUCUCUGUUUAUUCCCGGGACUUCCCUCCAGAGGAGGAAGCCCAUCCUCAGCCUAGCAUUAUCCCUUUGGAUGAAGGCUCUCCUCUGACCACAGAAGGUCCUGACUGUAGCCCAGACAGCUUCUGCUGCUCUCCAGAUUCUUGCUCUGGAGCCUCUUCCCCUUCUGUCACUGGUCUAGACUCCAACUGCAAUACUUUGUCCACUUUUCAGGACCAGCACUCCUCAGUAGCAGGUGAAGAGGGAAGAGGGCAGGGUCUCCUUACCACUGAGCUCCUUGAACAAGCCUUGGAGACAUACAAUGGGAAAAUUGAAGCUGGUGGGAAAACUGGAUCCAGUUGGAAAAUCAUUAGCAGUUGUAAAAUUGACUCUGUUAACACUGACUCUGGCUGGAAAACUGACCCUGAAAAUAAUGACCCCGGCUGGCAACUCAAUGGCAAUUCAGACUCUACCUGGAAAACUAAUACUGAGAAUACUGACUCUAUCUGGAAACUCACGGAGAAGAAUACUGAUUCUAGCCGGAAAACUGGCCCUGGAUACACUGACUCUUCCUGGAAAACUAGCACUGAGAAUACCGACUCUGGCUGGAAAACCAAUACUGGGAAAAUUGAAGGUGAUGUCAGUGGGGAACCUGUGCCCCACCGGACAAUCACAUCCUUCCACGAGCUGGCCCAGAAGCGGAAACGGGGCUCAGGGCUUCUCCUUCCCCCACAGGCCAAGAAGGACAGGAGUGACUGGUUAAUCAUCUUCUCCCCAGACACAGAACUGCCUCCCAGUGGGGCUCUGAAUGGCUCCCCUGCCCCUCCCCGGGAGGUCACCACCUUCAAGGAGCUUCGCUCCCGAAGCCGGGCCCCACCCCCCCCAGUUCCACCCAGGGACCCCCCAGCUGGCUGGGCCUUGGUCCCACCGAGGCCUCCACCUCCACCAGUCCCACCCCGAAGGAAGAAGACCCGCUUGGGGCUACAGCCCAUUGCUGAAGGGAGGUCUGGGGAUGUUAGGCCUGGCAGCCCAGUGGCCGCUGACGAUGUUCCUGUAGGGAAGGAACCGACCCAGCCCAGGGAGCCCCCUGACAUAGAGGUCCGGAGUUCCUGGUCAUUUGCUGGUGUACCUGGGGCCCAAUGCCUGUGGAUGGCAGAAGCCAAGCAGGGAUCUGGCCAUCUGCAAGAGGAGAAGAAAGGCCUCCUGAUUGCAGUUAGUGCCUCGGUGGACAAAAUCAUCUCCCAUUUUGGGGCAGCCAGGAACCUGGUGCAAAAGGCCCAGCUAGGGGAUAGCCGAUUGAGCCCUGAUGUGGGACAUCUGGUGCUGACCACAUUGUGCCCCGCUCUCCAUGCCUUGGUGGCUGAUGGAUUAAAACCAUUUAGAAAGGAUCUCAUCACGGGGCAGCGGAGAAGCAAUCCUUGGAGUGUAGUGGAAGCAUCUGUGAAACCUGGUUCCUGCGCCCAUUCCCUGGGAAACCUGUAUAAUCAGGUCAGCCGACUGACACCUCUCAGCAGCAGCCGAAGCCGGUUCCAUGCCUUCAUUCUCGGCCUCCUCAACACCAAACAGCUGGAGAUAUGGUUUUCCAACCUCCAAGAGGAUACAGGCCUCCUGUCUGUGCUGUACCUGCCUACAGCUUUCUUUUCACUGGCCCGAGGAGGCUGCCCCUCCCUCUCCACUGAGCUGUUGCUUCUGCUCCAGCCUCUGUCCGUGCUCACCUUCCACCUGGAUCUCCUUUUUGAGCACCACAAUCACCUGCCCUUGGGCCCUCCCCAUCCCCCCACUCCUCCAGGACCACCACCUGCACUGCAGCAGACAGUACAGGCUGUGUUGGGCUGGGGUGAACGGUUGGCUCAGAGCCUCCGGGGAGGUACAGGCGAGGCCCCCCAAGGUCCCUCUCCAUCUAGUGGCUGGUGGGAACAGCUGACCCAGGCUUCCCGGGUCUAUGCCUCAGGUGGGGCAGAGGGCUUCCCUCUUCCCCGCUGGGGUUCCCGGAAACAGGGUGCUCCGACUGAGAGCACCAAGGAGAGUCCGCCAUCAGAAGAAGAGCCAGUCCAGGCCAGACGCAUGUGGCUGGGGAGACUGUUUGGGGUUCCGGCAGGGCCAACAGAGACAGACUGUGGUCCACUAAAGUCCAGGAGACCGUCCAGCUGGCUGCCUCCUGCUGUGAGCGUGCUGGCCUGGGUGAGAAAGGGUGGCCCCCCUGAGCCAAGCUCCCCACCAGAAGAGCCUGAGGCACCAGACCCCGGUGAACUCCCAGUGCAGAGGGCAGUCCGGGCCCUCUGUGAUCACACAGCGGCUGGACCUGAUCAGCUGAGUUUCCGGCGUGGGGAGGUGCUUCGUGUAGUCUCCACUGUGGAUGAGGACUGGCUCCGGUGUGGGCGAGAUGGGGCUGAGGGUCUUGUGCCUGUGGGCUACACUUCCCUCAUUCUCUAGCCUCAGGGCCUUUCCUUCCCCUCUUGUGUAUGUGCCAUCCCUCCUGUCACCUGGGAAUGGAAUGGCCCUGGAGCAUCCUUCCCCUCGUGUAAAAUGAAGCUUACCAGAAACAUUUUCCCCAUCUGUAAAAUGAAAGUAUCCUCCUUGCCUCACUCAUAUUUAAUAUGGAACUUCCCUUCCUCAUACUCCUGUCUGUAAAUUUCUACCCAUCCCUGAUCUGUAAAGUGGAACUUGUUCUUUUGCCUGACCCCUCCCAUAUAUAAUAUGGAGCUGCACUCUCCCCCCACCCCCAUCUGUAAAGUGGAAAUUCCUACUUUGUUCUCAUCUAUGGUUAAACUCUACCAAUAUACUUGCCCCCAUCCCACUUCCUCCCCUACCCAAGUGGAUGGAAUCUUAAAUAUGUACCUACCCUUUCCAUUGGUCUGUAUUUAUUGAGCAAUCAUGGUGAACUUAUAUGCUGUAGCACUGACCUCAUUAGUGGGGGGCCCCUGGAGGCUGCCCCACCUAAGUCACAGUCCCAAUAAAGUAUGGGAGCUGA